AUGAUUAUUGACUCUACGUACGCAUUUGGAAGAGACUUGAAGAGAAGAUGCAGUUUCGCUGCAUAUGCGCAGAAGGUAUCUGUACUACAGAUACCAAUAUUUCAGGCAGUCUCUACAGAAUCAAGGGUACCUGAAAUAUUCCUGAAAUAUUGCACGCGCCUGACCAGUUUCUUUCUCUGUUCUGCUGAGCAUUUUAAUUUUAUUGGGCUUAUUUUUGCUUUGAGCUCUUCUUACAGUUUUUCAUUUUCGUUUCUAAAAAAGGAGGGCCUCAAAAGAGGCUUCAGAUCAGAAACAUCGAAAAUUGGCAAAACGGCUUUGCAAGGCACUUUGUUUCACAUCACACAUGAUCAGCGUGUUGACACGCUGACACUCGGCCGUUGGACCCGGCGUGCACACGCAUCGCCCGGCAGGGCGACCAGCACUCCUUCCCAAACUUCCACUUCACGCCUUCAGCUUGGAGGCCCUUUUUUUGUUUUUUGUUUGGUUGUUUCGGCACCAACGCAGGCUGGCAGGAAACGGAAACUUUCUCCACCUCACGCCACUUGUUCUUGCCGUCCUCGCCACCCACGCUCCGCCCCUCCACAGCGCCCCCUCGCCACCACGCCGCCCCUCCGCGCCAUGGAAGCGCCCGAGGGGAGCGCAGCGCCACCGUCGCACCUAAUCGAGUCUGUGAACACCGGCUUCGCGCGCCUGGUCAACCGCUACGCGUCGGCGUGGUCGGGUGCCGCCCACUCCAUCCGCCCGCCCCUCGUGCCGGCGGCUACUUAUUUCGCCUCGCCGGGUCCCUCCGACGCCACCACCUGCCCGCUGUGUUCGCACCCGUUCCCCACAAACCUCCUCCUGCGCGCCCACAUGGCCAAGGCACACCCCAACCUGCACGCCUCGACGCAUGCCCUCACGCCCGCCCAGACCCGCUUUCCCAACCCGUUGAAGGCCCUGCGGAAGCCGUCCGACGACGCCGCCGCCGCGAAAGGCCUCAAGGACCCGCCCUCCCUGGACUCAUGGAUGCCCAUCCCGCCUGAAGUCGUGCAAGCUUUUUCUCCGCUCGAAGCAACCUCGCCCGCUUCGUUGGCGGACGGCAAGGCCCCCGUCACAAACCCCUCCCUCUACUGCUCGCUUUGCUCCGUCCAGUGCGAAGAAGACCUUCGAGGAACACGGUAUCAAGGAACUCACUCCCAUCUCUUGGCACUGUUCCUACUGCGACGCAGAGCUGAGUGGAAAGGCCACGGUAUUACAGCACUUGAUUACCGGCAAGCACAAAAAGAAUAA